AUGGACGCCAAAAAGCAGCAGCCGGAAGGGCAGAAAACAGAAGGUUUGCCUGUGCAAGACAGUCCGUACACGCAAUACAAAGAUUUGGAAGACUACAAAAUGCAAGGAUACGGUGCUCACGGCCACCAACAACCGGAGCCUGGCCGUGGAGCAGCCGCCUCCACUGACGCCCCCACGUCCGGCAGUGGCAGGCUUCCGUCUCAAUCUAACAAGGGUAAUGAUCCUGCCACCACCACCACUACAACAACUGAUACAGUCAACCAAUACGGCGUACCUUGA